UUACAGGGCUGGGUUCGUCUAGUUCAGAAGACCAAAUUGACGACAUUUGCACAUUUGGAUGAUGGCUCAGGUGCAACGAGGCUACAGCUGGUGAUACCAAAUACACUACUGCAGAAAAAGCUAACAAACGGCUCUUCACUGUCGGCCACUGGUCGUCUGCUGCAAAGCACCGGUCACCAGCAGCCGGUGGAGUUGCUCAUUGAGACCAUUGAAGUGCUCGGACAGUGCAACCCGAAAACCUACGAAAUAGGCCACCUCUCAAAAGACUUCAGUCUGGACUACCUGCGCGAGCGAAUUCACAUGCGACCUCGCGUGCGCUACUUUCAGGCGGUGCUGCGUCUUCGCUCUGAGCUGCAAAAUGCGGUGCAAAUCUACAUGAAGCAGUCAGAGUUCACCAACGUCACGACGCCCAUGGUGACGGCCAAUGACUGUGAAGGCGGUGGCGAGUGCUUCACCCUCAGUCCGGCGGGAGAAAGUAAAGCGGAGGAGAGAGGCCCUACUGAGAAGCACUACUUUGGCCGUCCCACCUACCUCACCGUCUCCGGGCAGCUGCACCUCGAAGCGCUCGCCUGCAGCAUGUCCCGCGUCUACACGCUCAGUCCGGUCUUUCGCGCCGAGAAGUCGAUGUCUCCGAAGCACCUCUCCGAGUUUUUGAUGCUCGAAGUAGAGGAGGCCUUUACCUUCUCUCUGGGCGCUCUGCUCAGCCGAGUGGAGGCAAUGUGCAAGUUUCUCGCCUUCUACCUCGAGCGCCACUGUGCCGAGGAUCUGCAGUACCUCAGAGCGGAGAAUGGUGAGUACGGUUUUGGUCAGGCGAUCUCCAGCGGCACUUACGCCCGGGUGACCUAUGAUGAGGCGGUAGAGGUGCUUCAGUGGAUGGAGCCCUUCAAGGAGACAUUUCAGAAUGCCGAUGAGCCGGUGAAUCUCAAUGCACAGAUGGAACGUGCACUGGUGGAGCUGGUGGGCAAUAGGCCGCUCUUUGUAACGCACUACCCUAGCAAAAUGAAGCCGUUCUACAUGAAGACAGAGGGAGAUAAGGCUCUUUGCUUUGACUUGCUGAUGCCCGUCUGCGGUGAAGUUGCCGGUGGUAGUUUGCGCGAAGACAACCUGGAGAAACUGGAGGCUAAUAUUGAUGAGAAGAUGGCGCACCAAAGUGAGGCCACCAAAGAGAGCCUUAACUGGUACCUUGAUCUUCGACGCUUUGGCGGUGUCCCCCUCGGCGGUUUUGGCCUCGGCUUUGACCGCUUUCUGCAGACACUCACCGGUGUGGCCAACAUCAAGGACGUAGUGCCCUUUCCCAGGUGGCCUCACCNUCGACGCUUUGGCGGUGUCCCCCUCGGCGGUUUUGGCCUCGGCUUUGACCGCUUUCUGCAGACACUCACCGGUGUGGCCAACAUCAAGGAC